AAGCGUAUAUACGGCAUCGAGGUUCCAUACACGAAGAUAUACGAUUUUAUUUUCUACAGCAAAUCAUUCACUCUCACGACGACUGUCGACAACUGUUUUGUUUGUUUUUAUUAUUCUUAUAUCUUACUAUCGUAGAAGUGUCGAUUCGUCUACACGACUUGUCAGUUUGGCUGAAACAAAGGCCUGAAACUGAAAGCUUACAAUUUGGUACAAAUAUUGAAAUAAUUGAUUUCUAGUUAUAGUGUUAGAUACAUACCUAUAUGUUAAUUGAAAGUGUUACAUAAGUGCUACUUUUAAAGAUAAACCAUGGAGCCGAGUGGUACUACACAAAUAUUACAAUUUAUAAUGGAAGAAUGGAAAUUACUAUUAUUUCUAACAUGCAUUUUCGCUUUGUACUUUUAUUAUACUAGUACAUUUGACUUUUUUGAAAAGAAAGGCAUUGCAUUUAUGAAACCCAAAAUAUUUUUGGGGAAUUUAGGUCCCAGGCUUUUAUCAAAAAUAUCUUUCCAUGAAUUCCAAUUAUAUAUUUAUAAUUAUUUUAAAGGAAAACCCUAUGGAGGUAUGUUUGAAGGAAGAAGACCUACUCUGUAUUUGUUGGACCCUGACCUUAUCAAGGCUGUGACUAUUCGUGACUUCGAACACUUUGUCGAUAGAAACGCUCUGAGGACCAAUGAACCGAGAUAUAUGAGUCGCUCACUCAUUAAUUUGAAGGGAGGAGAAUGGAAAGGAGUCCGGAGCGCAAUUACACCUUCAUUCAGCUCUGCGCGUCUAAAGAAUAUGUUGCCUCUUAUUGAAACCUGUUCACAGCAGUUGGCUGAGUUCUUAAAACAGUAUGAUGGUAAAGACGUCGAAAUGAAAGACACAAUUGGUCAUUUUACAUUAGAAGUUAUAGGCGCUUGUGCUUUUGGCAUCAGAUGUGAUGCUUUUAAUGAUGAAAAUGCUCAUUUUGUUAAGGUAGCUGAAAAGUUCAAUUUCAUGCCCAAAGGAAAGAGAUUUCUUAUAUUCUUCCUUCUGAUGUUUGCGCCUAAGGCAUUCGGACUUUUGAACAUAUCGUUUAUGUAUCGUGAGUCAACUGAUGAGCUGGUGAGAAUACUUAAAGCUGCUAAAGCAGAAAGAAGGUCUUCCGGAAUUAAAAAGAAUGACUUUCUCCAACUUUUGAUUGAAGCAGCAGAAAAAGAAAAAAGUGAUUCUGAAAACACGACAUCAGAGACACAUAUGGAUGACGAUACUAUAGACGCACAGUCGUUACUUUUCCUUAUAGCAGGAUACGAAACAUCCAGCACACUCUUGUCUUUUGCCAUCCACAUACUCGCUACUAAACCUGACCUGCAAGAAAGUUUACGAGCUAAAGUACAAGAACAAACCAACGGAAAAGACAUGAGCUAUGAACUGCUUACACAGCUGCAUUAUCUCGAAGGGUUCUUGUUAGAAACUCUACGCAUGUAUCCGCCAGUAUCCCGAGUCGACAGAGUGUGCACGAAGAAAUACAUUCUACCUGGAACUUCAGUAUCUGUAGACGUGGGAGAUGUUGUGGCAAUACCCGUAUACGGUAUACACAUGGACCCUGACUAUUAUCCCGACCCACAUGAAUUCAAACCGGAAAGAUUUAUGUAUGAUGAGAAACGUGACCGACCUUCUCAUUUGUUCCUAGCUUUUGGGGCUGGGCCCAGAAACUGCAUAGGUUUACGUUUCGCCAUGUUCUCUGCUAAACUAGCAAUGGUAACAUUGCUGAAGAAUUUCAAGUUUUCAGCUUGCUCUAAAACCGAAGAUCCCAUUAAAUUCGACAGCAAAGGUUUUUUGUUGAAAGCAGGUAGCGGACUGUGGGUGCAUAUUGAGAAAUUGUAACUUGCAUAAUAUCAUAAAAUAUACUAAUAAGCGUUCGGUUUCGGCAUAGAAUAGGUAUAUACCAGAUAUAUGUGGUGUUUGGUUACAUAUAUAAAAUAGAAGUGAGAAAGGCCUUAGAGAUUCUAGGAAAAAGACUAACCAGUAAGAUACUCUUAAGAGCUUCGAAGACAAAUGAGAAUAUUAAGGGAUGAGAAAAAUGUGCCAGUAGAAAAUAAAAUGUUAUUUAUUGUAUUUUAGUAAAUGCUGCAAUGAAAAAUCCUAUAGUAUCUUUAAAGAUAGCAUCAACCUGUCGAAGAGGGUCAUCUUCUGGGCCGAAUCUUUGAACCAGUAAUCUGAAACAAAUUAUAUAUAAUUACAUGUGAUAUACCAACAAUUAGUGUCAUGUAAGUAUUAAAUAUUAUAUAAGUAUCGAUCAACCUACGCAUUUUCUCUAGUACAAAUGUUAUAUUGCGAAUCACAAAAAAGAUUAAAGAAAGCAGUCACAGAAAUUAUAAUUUUACACUAUGAUGGAAUAAAAAAUAUAUAUAUUAAAUUUAUUAUGUAAGUAUAUUCGGAAAAAUAUUCGAGACGUGGUUUGUACCAUUCAUGUUUCAAUUAUUUUCGGAAGUAUAAAAUCUUGCCAUUUUAAAUAAUCCUCAAAUGUUACUAUGAUCUACUUUACUAAUUUUACUUGCCUUUGGUCAUCGGUAAGGCCGCAGUUUGCCAACCCGGGACCACCAAGUAGUGGCUCAGCAGGUAUAAGCUUCAUAAAUGGAAACUUUUUGAGAGCCCAUGCAACUAAAGCUUCAUUUUCAUCCACUGUUACUGUACAUGUGCUGUAAACCAGCUUACCGUGAACUUUUAAUACUUUCGCAGCCUAAAAUCAGGAAAACGUAUAUUUAAAUGUGGAACUAUCACCUUUUUUAUUGAUAUAAUUAUGAUAUUUAAAUAAUAUAUAUAUGGCACUUACUGCUUCAAAAAGUUUCCUUUGCAUAAACUUGUAAGACUGAAGCAUUUUAGGCGUCAUUUUAUUGUUUAACUGCGGUCUUUGGCCCAAACCGCUGCAGGGAGCAUCUAAAAGUACUUUGUCAAAGGUUUUAGGCUGGAAUGGUGGUUCACCAUUUAAUCCUCUUGUGUUAGAACAAAUUUUCGUUGAGUCGUAGAAAUAAAUUUUAACACAAGUUAUCGCUUGUAAUUCACAAUUUAUACGAAUUUUAUCUGUUUUUAGUUUAGUUUUAUCUAUUGCAAUAAUUUUUGCCUGUAAGACAAGGUGAUAAUAUAUUACAAUGUAUUUUAUAGAUUUUAUUAUACACAAUAAAUUAUACUAUAAGUGCAAA